AUGUCAUUCCAUUCACCAGCCUUUACAGCCGCUCCAUUGAGCAAAUGGAACGGGUCGACAGAAAGGUACUUCCGGCCAGCUAGUAUCUUCUCGUACACGCCCAAGACCGCAUCAGAGUCUUACUCCGCUUGCGCUACCCGCACUAUGCCUGGCUCGCCUAAGCCUUCGUCCUAUCGGAGCCUGGCCCAUAGACCAAUCGCCUACCCGCCCGCACGCUGUGCUAUGAAUAUCACCAAGUCGAGUGCACCCACUUACCACUCUCAUGCGCACAAAUUAUAUGUCAAGGGCACCAAGGGACUGAUAAUCGAACACACCGUCACCACUCCAGUCAUCGAUAUCGCCGAGGAUGGACAGACCGCAAAGGGUGUUUGGAUAUCUCCUGGCCACGAGACCUUCCCAACAGACGAGGGAGAGCGGGCAAUGGAAGAUCUGGCAUCUCCAUGUUCUGACUACCUUUCGAAUCACUUCAACCAGGACUGGUUCGAUGUCGCAAUGAAUCGUCCCGAACAUCUACCUGGGGAAGGAGAACCCAUGGAAAGUAUUGGCGCUGCCGACCGCGGAGUCAGCUUCAACGAGCCAUACUAUCCAUCGCGCGCUCCAGCUUACCAGCCAGUUCCUCCUGACCCAUACAACACCUGGGAGGACACUUUCAGCUGCAUGGAUCUCUAUGAGUACCCUUCCAUGGUCAACUACGACCCAACAAAGCCAGUUGGGGUCGAGGAAGCAAAAGACACGACAUCGUCUUUUAGAAGUGGGCGUAUGAAGGUUUGGGUCAGUUGA